GUCAGUCACAGAGUACUCAACUGGUUGGUUGAAACAAGAUCUUAGUCUGGAUGUGUACUCUCUGGACCUGAAAUCUCUACCUCUGGACCUGUUGUUUGCUAAACCCAUGAUAUUGUAGUAUUAUACAGUGACAUGGUUGUUUACUUCUUCAAAGCAGCAUGUUGUUUUAAAUUAAGUCGGUUCUGUGAGUUUGGGGGCAUCAAGAGUAUGUUACCCUUCAGAUCAUUACACAGGAGCUGAGGAGUUGAACAUAAACUGAGGAACUCUGCAGACCAAGCAAAAAAUGAACUUCACAGCUGUGUAUUCAGUUACUACCACUGCCCUUGCUUUACUGAUCUUGACCGCCCAAGAUGGACAUGGAGAUGGUCUCUUUCUGCCGAACUCCCCGGAGCUGAAGGAUCUGCUGGAUCGGUACCAAAAUGGGUACCGGAACCGCACUAAGGAUGCAAGUCUAAGCAGGGGCCGACGGUCCAUCCUGUGGUCUGAUAGGGAGGAUAUCCUCAAACUUCAUAAUAAACUACGAGGAGGCGUGUAUCCUUCUGCUUCUAACAUGGAGCCAAUGGUAUGGGAUGAUGAACUGGAGCGGUCAGCCUCUCAUUGGGCUCGGCAGUGUAUAUGGGAGCAUGGGCCUCAGGACUUGCUUCCGUCCAUUGGCCAGAACCUUGCUGUCCACUGGGGCAGUUUUCAGUCACCUGCUUUCCAUGUUCAGGCCUGGUACGAUGAGGUCAGGGACUACACAUACCCCUACCCACAUGAGUGCCGACCCUUUUGCCCUGAACGAUGCUCUGGGCCUAUGUGUACUCACUACACCCAGCUAGUCUGGGCCACCACCAAUCGAUUGGGGUGUGCGGUGCACGUUUGCUCUCAGAUGAAUGUCUGGGGUGAGAUUUGGAAGAACGCUGUCUACCUGGUCUGCAAUUAUUCGCCAAAGGGGAACUGGAUUGGAGAAGCCCCUUAUAAACAUGGCCACCCAUGCUCGCAAUGCCCACCCAGCUUUGGGGGUGGCUGUCUAGAAAAUCUCUGCCGCAAAAUGAUAGUAUUCCUCUUCUCAGAGCCAUAUCACCCAGAGUCUGAGAACCUGAAUGAGGUAGAGAAGCUCCAGGUGUCAGUCCAAACCCGGACGACCCCCAUCAAACUUGGCCCCAAACCCAGUGAUAGGGGGCCCUCUGUGGUAAAGAAAACGACAUCAGACAGGUCCUCAUCCCACAGGACAGCCUCAGCAUUGAAGAAGACAUCCACACCCAAACGUACAGAGAGCACCUUCCUAACACAAAAUAUCAACUGUGAGACAAAAAUGCGAGACAGAUGCAAGGGAAUAACAUGCCACAGGUACAGGUGUCCUGCCAACUGCCAGAACAAAAGAGGUAGCGUGUGGGGUUCAACCUUCUACGAUGUGAAAUCAAGUAUCUGCCGAGCUGCGUUGCAUAGUGGGGUGAUGGAUUCCAGUGGUGGCCUAGUAGAUGUCACACGGAAAGGCAAGCUCCCGUUCUUUGUCAAGGCAUGGAAGAAUGGAGUAGAGUCUUUGAGCAAUUACAGAGCAGGAAAUGCAUUUGCUGUAGCAAAAGUGAAAGAGCAGUCAGUUGACUGCUAUACCACUGUGGCUGAGAUCUGCCCUUUCAAAAAGCCAGCCUCCACCUGCCCAAGAGUCUUCUGCUCAUCCAGCUGCAAGAAUGAGCCAUCUUAUUGGGCCCCGGUGAUUGGGAACAACAUCUACACAGAUAAUUCCAGUAUCUGCCGUGCUGCAAUCCAUCUUGGAGUGAUGAGAUCCAGUGGGGGAUAUGUGGAUGUCUUGCCCCUGGACAAAAGGAGCCGUUAUGUUGGAACACUGAAAAAUGGCAUCCGGUCUGAAAGCAAAAAGGACCAUGAAGGAUGCUCUUUCCGUGUCUUUGCUGUGAAGCAGUGAAAUGUAAUGACAAGAGGAAACCUUUUCUGUUUCGGGGACAAACAAUAUGUCCUCUUCCACACCACAGAAUCAAGCAUCUAGCCUCAAAGGAUCUGAUUAGCAUCUUACCACUAAUUAGACUCCCCUGACAGGGUUUACCCUUCUCUCCCUAAGUUUCACAUUCAGUAUCUAAGGGUGAAGAAAUUCUUCACCACAUCCAGCUGUCACAUACACAAUGGCCAAAAUUGAAGAAACACCUAGCAUUUUUGGCAUUAAGCUUUAAAAAUUACUACACGAAUAUCGGUGGUAAUAUUUAUAAACAAUCAAAGAAUGUUACAAAUAUGCAUUGAGUAAUUAAAUAAGUGGAGUAACUGGAAUGAAGUUCUUCAAUCUCUAAAUAUUAUAAGUGUUUCCACAGUUUUGGCCGCUAGUGAACAUGUCAUAAUGUAAAGCACUGAAUUGCAAAAUGCCAGUGUUUCAAAACAUAAAACUUUAUCAUAUAUUUAUAAAUUAAAAUUUUUGAAAUUUGCUAAGAUGGGGAGAAGGGGACCUGGAACCCUUGGAGAUUCUGUGAUAGGAAAUGGAUGAGCAUAUUAUGUCAUUUCUUAAAAUAAUUUAAUGUUAAAAAGGUUAAUGUAGUAAGUCAUGUAAUGAGAUCCAAACUUGAGUUCAUGUCCAGUUUACUCCUAUGGUGGCACUCCAUUUGCUUAUGUCUCUGUUGUUUAACGUCCUAUCCCUGUUGAUCGUCACGGUUUUUGUAAAGUUUAUAUUCAUCUCAGGCUGUUUCAGUGUUGUGUCAUUACCUGCCUUACUUGCACAUUGCUUUGGACAAAUGUGUCUGUUACACAAAUAAAUGUAAAUGCAUUCA